AUGAUUAUGAUGAGGAUAAUGAAGAGUACUGUUGGCGUCUGUUUCUUGUUUUUCCUUUUAUUGGAAGCCAUUCGCUGUGAAGGCUGUUGGAAGGAAGAGAGAGAUGCUCUUUUCGGCCUUGAUUCCCGCUUAGAGGAUCAUUACUUCCCCUGGAACGGCCCAGAUUGUUGUCAAUGGGAAGGAGUCAUGUGCAACUCCUCCACUGGGAGAGUGGCCCAACUCAGUUUGCGGUUCAGAUGGGCAAACAAACUAUAUAUUAAUUACUCGGAUUUUGUUGUCUUCAAAGAUUUGAAGAACCUCGACUUGUCAUUCAAUGGCAUAUCCGGUUGUGCAGGGACUGAAGCGCCGCUCCAAAAUCUGGAAGUCCUUGACUUGAGCAGCAACGAUUUGGAUAAUGCUGCCAUUCUAUCUUGUUUGGAUGGCCUUUCAUCUCUUAAGUCUCUGUAUUUAAGAGAUAGUAGGUUCAAUGCAUCCUCAUUUCACGUUUUUGAAACUCUGUCAUCAAAGUUGCGUAAUCUGAAGGUCCUUGACAUAAGUUUUAACCCUUUGACAAAUGACAUCCUGUCAUCCCUCGGGGGAUUCACAUCUUUGAAGGAACUACAUCUGGCUGGUAUUGAUUUGGACUCAGAUCUUCAUAUUCAAGGUUUAUGUUCAUCAUUGAGGAAUCUUGAGAUCCUUGACUUAUCCAGGAACAAUUUCAAUAAUACUGAUAUUACUUCUGUCCAUAGUGGACUUUCAUCUCUCAAGUCUUUAGAUUUAUCAAAUUGUCAAUUGAUUUCAAGAUCAAUUUUUAGUUUAUGUUCAUCAUUAAGGAAUCUUGAGAUCCUUGACUUGUCCGAUAACAAUUUCAAUAAUAGUGAUAUUAUUUCUGUUCUUAGUGGACUUUCAUCCCUCAAAUCUUUAGAUUUAUCAAAUUGUCAAUUGACUUCAAGAUCAAUUUUUAGUACGUCAAAUACAUUUUAUAUUAGAAAUUUUCAUGAUUUAUUUCGGUUGAAAAAUAUAUUUAACUGCUAUAAUUAUGUAUAUUUAGAUAUAUCAAGAUUUACUUCAUUGAAGAUCCUCGACUUAUCUCAUAACUGGUUGGAUGAGAGUAUUCAGUGGCAUCAAGAUUUUCAUGAUUUAAGUAACCUAGAACAUUUGAUAUUGGACUACAAUAACCUGGAAAAUGAGUUUUUAAAAAAUAUCGGGGAAUUGACAUCUUUAAAAGUUUUGUCUCUUCAACAAUGUGAUAUAAAUGGCACCCUUCCUCCCACGGAUUGGUUUAAGCUAAAGAAGUUGGAGGAGUUAUAUCUAUCCAGAAACGAAUUUGAGGGACCACUUCCCUCAUCUUUUGUUAACAUGACAUCUCUACGGAAUUUGGAAAUUUCUGGAAAUCACUUCAUUGGAAAUUUUGAUUCUAACCUUGCAAGCCUUACAUCACUUGAAUAUUUUGAUUUCACGGGAAACCAAUUUGAAGUUCCUGUGUCUUUCACUCCAUUUGCCAAUCUUUCAAAGAUCAAGUUCAUCUAUGGUGAAGGAAACAGAGUCGUAUUGGACUCACAACAUAGUUUGCAAACAUGGAUUCCAAAAUUUAAGUUACAAAAGCUUAUUGUGUCUUCGACAACUGAGACUAAAUCUCUUCCUCUCCCAAAUUUUCUUCUUUACCAAAACAAUUUAACCUAUAUAGAUUUGAGUGGUUGGAAGUUGGAAGGAGACUUUCCUCAUUGGUUGUUGGAAAACAACACAAAAAUGACCGAUGCUCUAUUUAGGAAUUGUUCUUUCACUGGUACUUUCCAGCUACCAAUGAGCCCCCUUCCUAACAUACAAACAAUUGACGUGUCGGACAAUACCGUAUAUGGCCAAAUUCCUAGCAACAAUAUCAGUUCAAUUUAUCCAAAUUUGCAAUAUCUAAACUUGUCUGGGAACAACAUCCAAGGAUCAAUUCCUAGUGAGUUAGGCCAAAUGAGCUUAUUGUAUUUAUUGGAUCUUUCCGAGAACCAAUUGUCUGGAAAAAUACCUGAGAACAUAUUAGCAGAUGGACACCCACUCCAAUUCUUGAAACUUUCAAACAAUAUGCUUGAGGGACCUAUUUUGAAUAUCCCUAAUGGUUUGGAGACCUUGAUAUUGAGCCAUAAUAGAUUUACUGGUAGACUCCCAAGCAACAUUUUUAACUCAUCAGUCGUUUUAUUGGAUGUAAGCAAUAAUCAUUUGGUGGGAAAGCUUCCAAGUUAUGUAGAAAAAUUCUCAAGGUUGCAGGGGCUUUAUAUGUCCAAUAACCAUUUUGAAGGAUCCAUUCCAAUAGAAUUGGCAGAACCUGAAAAUCUAAGUCAUUUAGAUCUCUCCCAAAAUAAUUUGACUGGUCAUGUUCCAUCAUUUGCAAAUUCUAACUUGCAAUUUAUCCAUUUGAACAACAAUCAUUUAAGUGGAUUGUCAAAAAGAAUGUUCAAUGAAAACUCUUCUUUAGUGAUGCUAGACCUUAGCUACAAUGAAAUAUCAAGCAAGAUUCAAGAUAUGAUACAAGACCUUAGUUAUACAAGGUUGAAUUUUCUCCUUUUGAAAGGUAAUCACUUUAUUGGAGAUAUACCAAAGCAGUUAUGCCAAUUGACAGAUUUAAGCAUACUAGACCUUUCUCAUAACAAUUUUUCUGGUGCAAUACCCAAUUGCUUGGGUAAAAUGCCUUUUGAGGUUAAGGACCCUGCCGAAUUGUUGCAAGAUUUUUAUCAUUUGAUUCCUGAACCUGAUAACAGAGAUGGAACUGAAAGAUAUGAACUACCAAAUGUUCAAGAGAAAUCCAAUUUCACUGCAAAGAAAAGAACAGACACUUACAUGGGGAGCAUCCUUGUUUAUAUGUCAGGAAUUGACUUAUCCCACAACAAAUUGAAGGGAAAUAUCCCAUCUGAGCUUGGAAACUUGACAAAAAUUCGUACAUUGAACUUAUCCCACAAUGAUUUAACUGGGCAAAUUCCAGCUACAUUCUCCCAUUUGGUACAAACAGAGAGUUUGGAUCUUUCUUUUAACAUGUUGAACGGUCGAAUUCCUCCUCAACUGACCACGUUAACCUCACUUGAAGUAUUUAGUGUGGCACACAAUAACUUAUCAUGUCCAACACCUGAAUUUAAAGAACAAUUUUCCACAUUUGAUGAAAGCAGCUAUGAGGGUAACCCGUUGCUUUGUGGACUUCCACUGCCAAAGAGUUGCAACCCUCCACCUAUUGUUAUACCAAAUGACUCUGACACUGAUGAACACUAUGAUAGUUUGGUGGACAUGAAUUUUUUUUGUGUGAGCUUUGUCGUGUCAUACACAUCAGCAUUGUUGGUGAUUGCAACAGCUUUAUACAUCAAUCCUUACUGGAGGCAGGCAUGGUUUUACUACAUGGAAUUGGUGAGCAUGAAUUGCUACUACUUUAUCAUGGAUAAUUGUAGCAAGGUUUUCAAAAUUUGAAAUAUGUAAUAUAUUAAGUUGUAUAUCUAGAAUGAGUUGCAUGUUUGUUUGCUCUAAGUUUGAUACAAUAUAAUAAAGGUCACAUAUAUGCCGUAUGAAAAUAAUAUGAAUUGUAGGACAUUGAACAUGUUCAUCAAUGUUGUUAUAUCACACCAGAAAGGCCUUCUUUAGCAAUUAGUAGAGCUU